AUGAACGACCCUACUCUUCCGGAAGUUUCCCAAUCGCUUCCUGGAGCCCCGAUCGAUCAUGAUCAGCCCAUGUUCACCGACGAGGAGGCUGCCCAUGCUGAUGACGAGCUGACAACCGAAGGCGGCACUGACAGUCCUCCACCCCUCACGGACGGCCUCACUCACGAAGACUCCCAAGAAAGUCUACUACUUUCAUCCUCUCAUUCUGACGAGGACUCUAGCCUUCAUUCCCACUCUGUAUCAACCGACGUCCAACCCGAGUCCAACCACUCUGAUGGAGACACAAUGGUCCUCAACCUAGAUGACGAGGUGGCUGCCUUGGUAAAUGAAGCACAAAUUGACAACAUGGUGCCUGCUCUGGUUAACUUCUACUCGGUCAAUCGCUUGCCAUUGAUUCAGGUCCUCGACCGUCAUGUCCAAGUCAUUCUCAACCGAUCUCAAGCCUUUGAGAAUGGCCAGGUGACUAUCUAUGACAAAGCCUUGCUGACACUCACCCAACACGGUACCAAUCUCGAUCGCCCUUCUGCUAUCCAAUUUUUCUGUGUGCACUACCUCAGUCUUCCCAUUGAAGGUGAUCCUGGCUACGGCUUUGAGAUCAUCAACCAAGCUGUUCGUCUCCAGUCAGUCUUGAGGACUGAACUCUCCAGCCCCGCUCGCCCUUCCUCUGAUGAUGCAACUGCAGUUGAUCACAACCCCCCAGCCGCUGCUGCCGGUGAGGAUCCAAAACCCGAGCGAGAGCCCCGCAACCUCGAACGUCUCCGAGAAGUCUAUGAACAAGCCAAGAACGAUUUUUACACCGAGCUCAAUCGACCUGGCCGAGAUGAUCGAGAUGCGCACGCAGCUGCCAUGUUCCUUCGAGAUACUGCUGAAAACCUGUUGACUCUGUUGCAUGGCCAAACUGUUGAUGAAACCUUUCUGGAGGAUUUGAACUCCACCUACACAAUGGCAAAAGCAAUGGUUGUCUCCCUCGUAGGUGGUCGCAAGCGCAAAUUUGAUCCGGUUCCCGAUGACGCAGCGAUCCCGACUGGACCUAGCGGUGCUCGUGCAGGGUCUGCCCGCAACUACAAUGACAACACUAGGGCGCAUGAAAAUCGUGGAAGAUCCCGCACCCAACCCCAGGGAGGAGCACCACAAACAUUUCGUCGAGAAGACAGACGUGAUGAUGAGCGCUACUCCUUCGAGGAUCAGCGAUCUUCGUUUGAUGAGCGACGUGCCGGAAAUGAUAGGAACGAGCCGAACCCUCGCCAGAGACGUGCUAAUAUCAACAAUACAUCACAAUGGCAAGACUGGGAUGGUCGUGUCGACAACUUACUGCCUUCUCAACGUGGAAAUUGGCAUCGCUACGAUGGCCUGGCCAUGAAUGAGCGACAGCGCGGUGGGAACGAUCAACGCUAUGCCGAAGAGCAUGGUUUGGAAUGGAAUUAUGAGACUGGCACAUGGAUCCCUGGCGGUCGUGGUGUCGACUCUUAUCGCCCCAACUCUCGUUCUUGA